AUGGGCGAUUACCAGGUGACCAGUGUACAACAAGACGCUUUAGGGGCCGUACAGCUGGAGCUCGGGGCAAACCCAAAUGCACUUGCACUUCGGCGCCCCUUUGAUCCACUCGCCCACGAUUUAGAAGCUAGCUUUCGAUUAACCCGUUUUGCCGAUCUUAAAGGACGAGGUUGUAAGGUACCCCAAGAAGUUCUCAAUAAACUGGUAGAAGGGUUACAACAAGAUUACAAUACCGCUGCUGAACAUGAACAUUCACAUUUUAUGCACAUGGCAAUGCCUCGUAUUGGAAUUGGAUUAGAUUGCUCGGUGACUCCUUUAAGAAAUGGUGGUUAUUGUCUGGUACAAACUACCGAUUUCUUUUACCCUUUGGUUGACGACCCUUAUAUGAUGGGUAAAAUAGCGUGUGCUAACGUUUUGAGUGAUUUGUAUGCAAUGGGAGUAACGGAAUGUGACAAUAUGUUGAUGUUAUUGGGGGUUAGUACUAAAAUGACUGAGAAAGAACGUGAUGUUGUCAUCCCAUUGAUUAUGAGGGGUUUCAAGGAUUCCGCUUUGGAAGCUGGAACUUCUGUAACGGGAGGCCAAACUGUUGUUAAUCCGUGGUGUACCAUUGGAGGUGUUGCUUCUACUGUUUGUCAACCAAAUGAGUAUAUUGUGCCUGAUAAUGCUGUUGUUGGCGAUGUUUUGGUUUUAACAAAACCAUUAGGAACACAGGUUGCUGUUAAUGCACAUCAAUGGUUAGAUCAACCUGAACGUUGGAAUCGUAUAAAAUUAGUUGUAAGUGAAGAAGAUGUUCGUAAAGCGUAUCAUCGAGCAAUGGAUUCAAUGGCUCGUUUAAAUCGUAUAGCGAGUCGAUUGAUGCAUAAAUACAACGCUCACGGUGCAACGGACGUGACUGGUUUUGGGUUAUUGGGUCAUGCCCAAACAUUGGCUUCACAUCAAAAGAAUGACGUUUCAUUUGUUAUCCAUAAUUUACCGGUUAUUGCAAAAAUGGCCGCUGUAGCAAAAGCAUGCGGUAACAUGUUCCAGUUGUUACAAGGUCAUUCCGCAGAAACUUCGGGUGGAUUGUUGAUUUGUUUGCCCAGAGAACAGGCAGCAGCUUAUUGUAAGGAUAUUGAGAAACAAGAAGGUUAUCAAGCGUGGAUUAUCGGGAUUGUUGAAAAAGGAAAUAGGACGGCUCGUAUUAUUGAUAAGCCGCGAGUGAUUGAGGUGCCAGCCAAGGAGUAAACUUUUUUUUUUAAUAAUAAUAUUUACAAUUAUAAACAAUGCGUUAAAAAAAUUAUUAAAAAAUGAGCUUUUUUCGAAGCUUUCUAAUUAUUAAUUUUUAUGAUUAGAUAAUUAUUGUAGCAGAUUCCUUGCUAUUUCACUCUUAAAAAUAAUAUAAAGGGACAAAACAGAAUAUAGAAAAACAAUUUUAAAAAAUACAAAACGAGUUUUGUCGCCUACUUUUCUAUGUUUCCUGGUAGAUAUCUUAGUAGUUAAACAGUUCAUAUCCUGUGAGGUUUUUCUCGGAUAUACUUUUUGGUUUCUUUAAACUUAAAUAUUUUUUUUAUUAAUUUAAGAAGUAGCCAUAAGAGAGAUUUGUAUUCGUAAGUUUUGUAAGAUACUUUUCGGAAAUAUAGAGUUUGAAUCUGA